GCCUCUCACACUUAGAUUUCUUCCACAUCCCCAAGCAUCCAGUCAGCAUGAAGCUCAACCUAUCACUUGCCUGCAUCAGUCUGUUGGUAGCAUCCGCUUCGGCCUCAGCUAACAUGACGGCAGUCAAAAUCUUCGACGUCGACUCGUGUAAAGGCGCUCCGCUUCAAGUCGUGUUCACACCCACAGAAGUCUGCAACAGUAUCAGCCGAGACGCCGAAUGCUCACUCGAAGCCAAGGACCUGGGGAUUUUUGCCUCGGGUAGUUGCACGGACGACCCUCGAGCGUUUGCAGCGGGGACAUUCGGUGACUUUUCGUAUGUGAUGGUGGAGCUCUACAGCCCCGACAUGAACUGCUCGAACCUCGAGGGUGUUGCCGCCUACCGCGUCGACAACAAGUGUCACCCGACCAUCGACACCACUACCAGCUUCCGAGCUGCUUGGAACGGCGCCACACCGUCAUUCAAGCUGUUCGCUGACUCCUUGUGCACUUCUUCACCAUUGUUCCAGUUCGAUUUGGACAUCGACAGCAGUGAGUGCGUCGGUGGAAGCAUGAAGCUGUUCGCGGUGGCGUCGACAAACUAGCAAAAAUAAAUAUCUUAAUUAUAGAGUUGGUGCCACAAAAACUUUGAUAGUGGCGGUGCCUCCUACAC